AAGAACAUGGGUCUCGUCAAGGUCAUUAAAAACAAGGCCUACUUCAAGCGCUACCAGGUCAAGCUGAGACGUAGACGUGAGGGAAAGACUGACUACUAUGCCAGAAAGCGUCUUACCGUCCAGGACAAGAACAAGUACAACACCCCAAAGUACCGUUUGAUCGUCCGCAUCACAAACAAGGAUGUUGUCGCUCAGCUCGCUUACUCCAAGAUCGAAGGAGACGUCGUUGUCGCUUCGGCUUACUCCCACGAACUUCCACGUUACGGACUCAAGGUCGGACUUACCAACUACGCCGCUGCUUACGCCACCGGACUUCUUCUUGCCCGUCGUCACUUGAAGACCAUCGGACUUGACUCCACCUACAAGGGCCACGAAGAGCUUACUGGAGAAGACUACAAUGUAGAAGAGGAGGGAGACCGCGCUCCAUUCAAGGCUGUCCUCGACAUCGGACUUGCUCGCACCACCACCGGAUCCAAGAUCUUCGCUGUGAUGAAGGGAGUUGCUGAUGGAGGCAUCAACGUUCCCCACAGUGAGAGCAGAUUCUUCGGAUUCGAUCAAGAGUCGAAGGAGUACAAUGCUGAGGCCCACCGCGACCGCAUUCUCGGAAAGCAUGUUGCUGACUACAUGACCUACUUGAAGGAAGAGGAUGAGGAUCGUUACAAGCGCCAAUUCUCCAAGUUCCUUGCCGCUGGAUUGAACGCCGAUAACCUUGUUGCCACUUAUCAAAAGGUCCACUCCGCCAUCCGUGCUGAUGCCUCUCCAGCCGCAAAGAAGGCUGCCAAGCCAUCCAAGAGACACACCGCCAAGAGGCUCACAUAUGACGAGAGAAAGCAACGUGUUGCCGACAAGAAGGCCCUUCUUCUCCAACUCAAGGAGCAACAGGAGUAACUCUCUUUUUGUUAUUUCGUUUUCAAAUGAAUGUAUUUGUUGACAGUCUCGAGUUUUGUUACAAUUUGUUCGAGUACGAUAAAAUUAUACAUUGGAUUUCUUGAUUUUUGAAGUCUAAAUUUCAGUUAAAGUUAAGAUGUC